AUGGACUCACCUGCACUCCCCUCAACCGGCGUCAGCUCGCAGGUCACCUCCAGCUUCAGUCUGGACCGGCCGCCAACAAAGUCUCGCCGAAGAACUCCGCGAAAAAGCUCAGCAGGUCGACCAUUGACCUCCGCGUCGACAAGAUCCUCUCGGCGUCAUGAGGGAUACUACGUGGUCGCAAUCAGUGAGGGCCGGGGUGUGGCCUCGGAGCUCGGUUUGGCUGCUAUGGACUUGAGAACGAAUGAAUGUCUCCUCUAUCAGUUUGCAGACUCUCAGACUUUCACGAAAACGGUGCAUAAGCUGCUGUUUCGUUCGCAGAUCCUAUUGUCCUUCACCUUGAUAGAGCCUGUGAAAUCCAAACUUGUCACAGCGAUCGGGGAAAAUCUUCCAGAUGUCGAUUUGGUGCCGGUGUCUAGGAAGAACUUCAACGACAAUGUUGGAUUGCGCUACAUUCAGCAGUAUGGCGUGGCUGAUGACAACAGAAAUUUCAUGCUGGGACUGUCAUCCAAAUUUUACUGUCUUUCCGCGGUGGCCGCCCUUAUGAAAUACAUCGAAAAUAUGCAAAACAUCUUGUUUGCCAAUCAGUCGAUCCGUUUCAAGUUUCAAGUAAUAGAGGGGACUAUGAUGAUAGAUCCCAGCACCGCUAGGAACUUGGAGUUGACGCUCAACUUGACAAACCCGAAGAGCACGCAAACUCUAUUCGGUGUACUGAAUCAUACCUGUACACCCAUGGGAGCUCGCCUCUUGAGGAUGAACAUUCUGCAACCGCUUUGUGCAUUGAAGAACUCACUGGAUUGCGACAAUCUCAUUACUUCGUUGGUGCAAGUUCCGAAAAGCCCACAUCUGCGCCAUGCCGAGUCCGCCAUCAACAACGUCAUCGCAUUCAAGUAUACACUCAAGCUGAUCGAGUCUGUUGUCAGCGCGGCGGACGGUGGUGACAACGCCCUACUACUUGCCAUCGUGAAGACGCUGAGUGAUCCCGAGCUGACUGAACUAGCCCAGCGACUCGAUGAGGUGGUCAAUGCGGAUAUCACCUAUCCGAAAAGUGCAAUGGGACUGCGACAUCAACGGUGCUACGCAGUGAAGGCUGGAUUUAAUGGUCUUCUUGACGUUGCGAGACAAACGUACCGAGAGACCACAAAUGAUGUGUACGAUUUGGUCACGUCAUACUCAGAGAAACAUGAAAUCAACUUUCGAGUCGUGUACAAUGCAUCCCUCGGUUUCUACAUCACCGCUUCGCGUGAAGAGCUCGGGGCUCGUGACUUGCCCUUGGAGUUUAUCAACGUGAAGAUGAAGCGCAAGGUCCUGGAAUGCACUACGUUGAAAUUGCUGAGUCACAACGACCGGAUUCAAGAGUCGUUGACGGAAGUGUAUCUGAUGUCGGACAGGAUCAUCGCCGAGCUGAUUGACGACAUACGCGGGAAGGCAGGAAUACUGUUCAGAGCGUCAGAGUCGCUCGCUUUGUUGGACAUGCUGCUCUCGUUCGCCCAUUCCUGCACGAUUAGCGAUUGUGUCCGACCGGAGUUCACAGACACCUUGGCCAUUAAGAAUGGACGGCACCCAGUGAAGGAGUCCCUGGGAAUUGUUCCCUUCGUGCCGAACGAUAUCUUUGCGAGCGAGGCAGCGAACUUGCAAAUCAUUACUGGACCGAACAUGUCUGGGAAGUCGACGUAUUUGCGACAGAUCGCAUUACUCACCGUCAUCUCGCAGCUUGGCGCGUUCGUGCCGGCCGAGUAUGCGUCGGUCAGGUUGACAGACAAGCUGUUCUCCCGGAUUGGAAGUGAUGAUAGUUUGGAGGCCAACUGUUCCACAUUCAUGCUGGAAAUGAGAGAAACUGCUUUCAUUUUACAAAACGUUGCAAGUCGAAGCUUGAUCAUCAUUGAUGAGCUUGGUAGAGGCACUUCUACAAACGAUGGACUCGGAAUCACGUUCGCGGUCUGCGAAGAACUUGCGAAAACGCAGGCUUUCACAUUCGUAGCGACCCAUUUCCAGGAACUCGCAGCCGUCAUGGAAGUGUACCCCAACGUCGUCAAUCUUCAUUUGCACGUUGAGGUGAGUCCCUUCGUGUCUUGGAUAUACCCGCAGAACAUUUUUACACCCACUUUGCAGAUGGACGAAACCGGAGCAAACAACCCGCUGAAAUGCUCAUACACUGUCCGUGACGGGAUUUCCAGCGAGUUGCAUUAUGGUGAGUGA